AUGUCUCAAGAUAGAAAAGCAUUAAAUCUUUUGUUGAACUCACCUGUAACUGACUCUGUUAUAUCUCAUUUGAUCAAGAGGACUGUAGGACUAUUCCCCAAACGUAGUGCUCCAAAGACUCGUCAGAGAUGGAAUGAUAUUCAACGAUUACCCAAACUCAAACAGUUUGUAAAUAAAGUGGUUAGAUUUUCAAAUGCUACAACUCCAACACUACUAAUGACUUCAUGUUAUUUGAGUAAAUUAGGUAAAAUUUUACCACAAGACUCUGUUUGUCUUCCAUCAACAUUCCAUCGUCUUUUCCUUUCAUGCUUAAUCAUUAGUUUUAAAUUUAACAAUGAUUCCUGCCCCACAUUUAAGGAUUGGGUCGAAUAUUCAGAUAAUCUCUUUACUUUAGAGGAUUUAUCAGUGAUGGAGAGACAAAUGUUGCAAAUAUUUGACUAUAAUUUAAAGGUUUCCGAAAGUUUUAUGCAGACCGAUCUUUACUUGUUAGUGGAACCAAUUAAGCAAGACAUUGAAAUCUCAUAUUUUCAUAGAAUGAAAAUGGGUUUAAUUACAAAAAAUAAUAACAUUAGUUCAUAUGAAGACAAAGAAGAUGGUUAUCAUUUCAAUCGUGAGGGUCGCGUUGAUAGCAACAAUUCGUUCCAAAUGUAUGACCUUAAGAGAAACAUGUCCAAUGAUUCCGACUUGAGUUCAAUUACCAUAGGUAAUAAUAAUUUCUCAAACUCAAUUCAUGAGAUUCAAUUGACACCUACAAGAUCAGACAUUUGGUACGACGAGAUGAGAGACCCAUUCUUUUUUUCAGGUUGA